AUGGUGGUAGAUGAAUCAAAUGUCUCAUCAUCUGGUGCUAAGCUAAGCAGCACCAGAACUCAUCAGCAUUCCUAUAGAGAAAGCAAUGUGUCUAGAAAACGUGUCAUGUCUGAAGACAUUGAAGGUGCUUCUGAGUUGAAGAGAUUGCCUACUCCAAUCAACCUUUUUGAAGAUGAAUGUGUUUUUUGUCAUUCCUUUAGAACAAGUCAGUUUCAUGGUCCAAUGGUACGUUAUCUAAAGGGAAGAAUUGUGUCCAUGGACGAGGGCAACUCAUCAAAUGGCGUCUAUGUCCAUAAGAAUUGUCUGGAGUGGGCUCCUAGAGUAUGGUUUAAGGAUGAUAUUGUUAUGAACUUGGAGAUGGAAAUCAGUCGUGCUUCAAAAUUGAGAUGCAGCAGAUGUGGACUCCUGGGAGCAGCCCUUGGUUGUUAUUACAAGUGUUGCGAUAAGAGCUUUCAUGUUCCAUGUGCAGUUCAGAUAUUUGAUUGCCGAUGGGAUGAUAAUAGUUCUGUGUUGUGCCCUGAACACGUGUCAAAGAUGCUACCAUGUGAUGAGCUUGGCUCACAAACGAAGGAAAAUGACAAUUCUUCUUCCUUGUCUAAAAGCCAAUAUUCAGACAAGGAAGGAAAUUUUGAUGAUCAUCAAAGGGAAAAUCAACAAACAGAUGAGCUUAACACCUCAAAUUCUUCUUCGUUGCCUCAGAGCCAAUGUUUGCACAAAGAAGGAAUCUCAAGGGAAGGCCAACAAAUAGAUCACCUUAACACCUCAAGUUCUUCUUCCUUGCCACUGGGCCAACAUUCGGACCGCGAAGGAAUUUAUAAAAAUCAUGAAAGGGAUGAUCAACAAACAAAUCAGUUUAACACCGCAAGUACUUCCUCCUUGCCUCAAGUAGGUCAUCCAGACGAAGAAGGAAUGUCCAAUGCUUGCCAAAAUGAAGAGAUAAAAGCAGAUGAGCUUGACACAUCAAGCUGCCCUUCUAAUCACUGGAUUUUGCUUGGUUCAUCUUUAAGUGCAUCAGAGAAGGAUUCCUUGCAGAAAUUUGCUAGUUGGACCAAUGCCAUGGUGACCAAAGAGUGGGCCAAAAAUGUGACUCAUGUUAUUGUGGGCAAAAAUGCUGGUAGUACGUGGAGUAGAUCGUAUGAAGUCCUCAUGGGAAUAUUAUUUGGGAAGUGGGUUGUCCAAGUCGAAUGGAUUGUGGAUUGCUUGGAACUGCGCCCAGGUAUAGAAGUUUCUUAUGAGGCAACAUUCAGUGAUGAUUCACGCAGAUCAUUCGAUGUACCAAAGAAAGGAAGAACUCGAGCAGCUGAAGGGGCACCGAAAUUGUUUUCGGGAUUGCAUUUCUGCCUCAGCGCCCACAUGAACCCUGAUGACAGAGAGCACCUGCAAGAUCUCGUAGCAGCCGCCGGAGGGAAGAUAUUGGAGGGAAGCGACGCGCAUUUGCUACGCGAAAAUUUGGACGAUUCUUCGGAGAAGCUGUACUUCAUCUACGACGGCGGCGCUCCAAGAGAAUUCAGCUCGAGUUCGUUGCUUGAUCUUCACAAGGAAGUGGAGGAGGCGAAAGAGCAUGCUGCGUCCGGGGCGGAGGUGAUCAGCCACUUCAGGGUGUUGGAUGCCAUCGCUGCGUAUGAUGCGCAGAUUCUGAAUCAGAGGGCGACCCCCGAUCUGUGUGCGUGA